AGAGCGGGGCGGUGACAUAUGAUUGGCAGCUGUGUCUGCCUGUGGCCGGCGAGCGGCGGGCGGAAGGGGUGGUCGGGUCCGGAAGCGGAACGGGUAAAGGCGGAAGUGAGGGCCGGGGCCUGCGAGACGCACCGGCGGGAGCGGCGCUGCGGGCGUUGCAACCUGCCUACAGGUGGAUCCCAGUACAGAACCUGCAGCAUCCUUAACUCUCGGCACUCCUGCACUCAGACCACAAUGGCAGGUCGAGGUGGAGCUGCCCGACCGAAUGGACCAGCUGCUGGGAACAAAAUCUGCCAGUUUAAACUUGUUCUGCUGGGCGAGUCGGCGGUGGGGAAGUCCAGCCUGGUGCUGCGCUUUGUGAAGGGGCAGUUCCACGAGUACCAGGAGAGCACAAUUGGAGCUGCCUUCCUAACACAGACAGUGUGUCUGGAUGACACAACAGUGAAGUUUGAGAUCUGGGACACGGCAGGGCAGGAGCGAUACCACAGCCUGGCCCCCAUGUACUACCGGGGGGCUCAGGCAGCCAUCGUGGUCUACGACAUCACCAACACAGACACAUUUGUACGAGCCAAGAACUGGGUGAAAGAGUUGCAGAGGCAGGCUAGCCCAAAUAUUGUAAUUGCACUAGCAGGAAACAAGGCAGACCUUGCUAACAAGAGAGCUGUGGACUUCCAGGAUGCACAAACAUAUGCAGAUGACAACAGCUUGCUGUUCAUGGAGACGUCAGCGAAGACAGCGAUGAAUGUGAAUGAAAUCUUCAUGGCAAUAGCCAAGAAACUGCCAAAAAAUGAACCCCAGAGUGCUCCUGGUGGCCCAGGCAGGAAUCGGGUGGUGGACCUUCAGGAGAGCAGCCAGCCCAGCAGAAGCCAGUGCUGCAGCAACUGAGCAGCUGCUGCGGCGCGCGAGCCCUUGGAGGACGUGACUGGAACCCACGCUAACGAUCGCACUUACCGUAGGGCGGCUGCUGCCGGCGCCGCCGUGAUUCUCCAUCCCUUUCUGAUCAUAGGCUGGAGGGAGUUCUUCCACCUGCACCUUUCUGUACAAAUACUAAUUCAAUUCUAAGUCUUAAGUCACUUUUUUAAUAUAUGAACUUCUGCUCUUCCCUCUUCCUGGUGGUGGUGGAUGCAGGACCUGGUGUCUGCCCAGCCAGCGUGGCCGUCCCGCGGGUGAGGCCAGCAGCACCCAGGUCCCACAGCACUGUAGUUCACUAUGGGAAACAAAGGGAUAUUGGGACACGUGUUUAAAGUUCCCUGUCUGUAAGAGCUGAGGCUGAUCCCGUUCGAUGCGCCCAGAACAACCACUAAACUGUAGCAUUAGAGACAAACUCCGGCUCUUGGGCCACUUAUUGACCAAAUCAAUGAUGAGUAUUUGGGGUGGGGCAGAGGGAAGCAAAACUGGUUUCUUCUGUAUUUUGUAUUGUAUGUUUCUCCAUGUAACCAAUCAGUAUCUUGUCAAUAUAGUACAUCCAACGA